AUGGAUCCGGUUGAACCAAUUCGAAAAAAUGCAUCACAGCACAAAGAAUGCCGAAAACGUGUGGUAACAAAAAAUGAAUUGAAAAGGAUUUUGACGUAUUAUACAUCGCAGUUGCCGUGUGUCGUUGAAGCUUGUAAAGUAGAAAAACGUGAAUUAAAUUCACUGGUUAAAAGUCUUCAAAACGAAGUUCGGGCUAAGGAUGCAUCAAUUAAAGUUUUACAUGAAAAUUUAUCAACAAUGCGGCUUGCAAUUCGAGAGUUCAGUUGCUUCAUUGCUAGUAACUAUCCGGGAACAACGAUUGCGGCAGCAGCUCAAACGUGGGAAAAACGUUGGAAAGCGGAAAAUGAGGAAGGAUCAUGGAAUGCUGCAAACUCAGCAAUGCGUUGCCAUCGGUCACAUGCUAAAGCGAGUACAUCAUCUGUUGCGAACAUUUCUGCUGCCAAUACCACACAACCUGAGAAAGGACAAUUCGUUUCACCUGAGCAAAAUAAUAUUUUUCAUAAAUUUGCUCGGAAGAAUGCAAUAGCGAUAUCACGUCUAAAUAAUUCGAACUUACGUAAAUCAUCAAUGAAUUUGGAGCAGUUUAUUUCUCCCUCCCGUACAGCUGCAAAUAGCAACAAUAACUGUUCGUCGCUACAAAACCAAACAUUGGCAACAGCCCAUGCUUUAAUCACUGUGAAUCAACCGUUGAAUUUACCGAUUUCAUCGGAUGCUAGCAGUCAUACUCUGGUGUCAACGAGUUCCCAGCAUAAAACCAUGCAAACUAAUAAUUUGUUGCAGACAAAUGGGCAAGAUAGUGUUAAUCAUUCUCCGGCAGCCAAUUAUUUAAAACUGAAUAGUACGGAAACGAAACGUAAAAGUCAUAAUGGGCCAAUUGGCAUCAAAAAAGUUCAAAGAAGUGAAAAUAUUAGUGAUGUGAUUGUACUUAGCGAUGAUGAAGGUGAUGAAAAACUGGAUACUAUGCCUGAAGAUAUGAUUACAAUACCUCGUUACGAUUCCAUAAAUUCAUUACGUUGCAAGAAAUCUCACCCAUUAGUAUAUCCGAGGCUAAGGAUUUAUCCAGGCUUACGUAUAUCACGCCUUCAUAUUACGUGGUUGAAUUCAUUUGAAGAUAUAACAAAAACAAAACACAUUAUAUUAAAUGUUCGAUAUGCAGGUGAAUACUCAAAACAGAUCUUCCACAUUUUAUAUUACAUACGAUCAAUGGUUGAAAAAGAAGAAGCGGAAGGAUGGACAAGAAUUUAUUCAAAAGAAUGUGAAUCUGGUGGGAAUAGUAGAUUGCGUAUUCAGUUUGAUGAAGGUCAGACUUGGUUCAAUGAUGCAAUCUAUUUUACCGGAUUUAUUGAAUGCGGUUUGGAGAGAUAUGGUGCAUAUGCAGAUGUCUGCAAAGUGGAAUUAGGUUUGCAGGAUAAACAGAUACCAGCUAACUUUGCGCGACGUUAUUGGCCUUAG